AGUUAACCCGAGACAGGUGCGCGUGGAAGCUGAACCGAGUUGUCCAUCUGGAUGAAACAGAAGUCUACAUCACUGGAUCUCAUCACAGACAGUCAGACUUAAAAUGACGUAUUUUAAUACAUGGGAAGAAUUUGCCAAAGCAACAGAGAGACUAUAUAUCAACGAUCCAUCUAGGUGUCGAUUUGUCAUAAAGUAUCGUCACAGUGAAGGAAAACUGGUCUUGAAAAUGACAGAUGACAGGGUAUGUUUGCAGUUCAAGACAGAACAGGCUCAGGAUGUGAAGAAACUGGAGAAAUUGACAAGCCAGUUAAUGAGGCAUAUGGCCUCCAAGGAGAAGUGAACAGUGCAGCUGUGUGUGGAUGGAUGACUGAUGAGGAAGUGAUGGCCGUCGAGAUGAACAUGUAAUUCUUUUGUGAACAUUUAUGAUGGAUCAUCUUUUGUGUGGAUGAAGUAUAUAUAUGUUUAUUGCUUUACCAUCUUUUCCAAAUGAAUAUAAAAAGACCUUUGUUCAAUAUUUGUUUGAGAAGUGGCAAACCUUUUAAUAAGUCCUGUUUUCAGUCUUUUUUUUGUCUAACAUGUCUAUAGACAGAAUUUAAUAUACCACUUUGCCAUCAUGUUAGUUGGCGGAUAAUUUAUGUUACACAUGCUUGAGAACAUUCAGAAUUGUUAUUAUUAUGUGUUUAAUUUUAACAGAUGCAAGGGUUUCAUGUUGUCAUGUAUCUCAAUUCAUUAAUAAUUAUUGUUGCGAAUGACUUGAAUCUUACAUUUAUAUAUAUUACUCAAAAACACUACUCAGAUAAACUAGUAAUGUGAAAGAAUUGGUGGCCCUUAACCUUUUUUGAGUAGUAUAUGUUAAAAAAUGAUGAUCAUGAAGUUAGAGGUACAAGUGAAUGCAAGAUGAUAUGAAAACAAGUGUGUGUUGUGAUGUUCAUGUUUGAGGCCAUGAUUGUAGAGUGUAUAAAUGGAAUCUGGUUUAAUGGGAGAUAGUGUAAGCAUGUUACGCUUUGUUCAAGUCAUGAUCUUGACCUUGUGCAUCAAUGUAUUGUUGCCAUUCAGCAUAUUUGACUUGCACAUCCUUACACAGGUCAGGGUUAGACAUGGCCACUAGUCCGUUAGUACCAGACUAGUGAAAAUUCAGAGGGACUAAUUGUUUUCUACCAAAAUCUACCUAUUUGACAUAAACACUAGUCUGAAAUGAGUACUGGACCAGCUGUAUAUGACCAAUGUUGGCUACCACUGUCCGUCUGCAAAAUAGAAGCAUUUGUUUGUAGAAAUGGCAAGGGAAAUUAUGUAAGAAAGAAAACUAUAAUUUUGAAAUACAGAACUAAACCAUUACCUCUGUGCAGAUACAUAUGCUAAAAAGUGUAUGAUUAUUUUAGUCUUUUAGGCUACUUUUCUCAAGCUUUAAGUUUUCUGUAUGUGAUGUUCAAAGUUGUGGUGUGUGCGUACAACCACUCACUCCUCAGUAUUUGUAAUGGAAUGAAUUAGUUGUACGUUUCCUGACCCGAGUUGUAUGUCAUCUAUUUAUCAUGUAAAUAUUAAAUCUUCCAUUGUU